AUGUCGUUUUCCCAGUACUUUCCGACAUCUCCCGAGAACCAGUCAGACAUCAUCUGCUUCGGUGCAGGUCCAGCUUUGCUGCCUACUGAUGUGCUCGAGGAUGCUGCCAAAGCUCUGAUCAACUAUGAUGGUGCCGGUCUAGGCAUCGCCGAGCACGCUCACCGCUCCCAGAUAGCCGUCAACAUAAUCAACGAGGCCAAAGCCAAUCUUGCCGCUUACCUCGAUAUUCCGGAUGAUUACGAGAUCCUCUUCAUGCAGGGCGGAGGAUCUGGAGGCAGCGGCCGAAGCCAAGCGGCUUUUUGGAACAACAGCCUCUACAAUACACUGAGACUAUUUGACGUGUACAUCGCGGGUCAGGUUCCGAAGACACUAUUGCUACAGUAUCCUGACAAGAUUGAAGGACAGCAGGCUGUAUCUGAGAAGGCUCAAAUCAUCUACAGAGCUGUUGAUGCCCAUCCUGAAAUCUACAGCAUUAUCCCCGACAAAACGGUCCGGUCGCGUAUGAAUAUCUUCUUCAGGAUGAAGAGUGGCGAUGCCGCCGAGGAAGCAUUCCUGAAGGAGGGUAAUGCGCUGGGGCGUAUUGGGCUGAGAGGUCACCGAAGUCUGCGUGGUAUUUGUGCGAGUAAUGACAACGCAGUACCUUUCGAGGGUGCGCAGAAGCUUGCCAGCAUCAUCGAGGCUUUCGCGUCGCGGUCGAGGACAUCGGCAGGAGAGUAA